AUGAGAAACAACACAGUGAUUACCGAGUUCGUUCUCGUGGGUAUGUCAGACAACCCAAAACUUCAGGCUGUAAUUUUUAUCUUUUUAUUUAUAACUUAUAUAUUAAGUAUCACUGGAAACCUCACCAUCAUCAUUCUCACAUUGUUAGACCCACAUUUGAAGACUCCCAUGUACUUCUUCCUCCGAAAUUUCGCCUUCUUGGAAAUUACAUUCACCAGUGUUUCCAUCCCAAGAUUUUUGUGUUCAAUAAUUACUAAAGUCAAGACCAUUUCUUACAGCAACUGUUUAGCUCAGUUAUUUUUCUUCAUCUCCUUGGGUGUGUCUGAAUUUUUUCUUUUGACAGCUAUGUCCUACGAUCGCUAUGUGGCCAUCUGUAAGCCUCUCCACUACACCACCAUCAUGAAUAAGAAAAUCUGUGUGCUUCUGGUCUUAAGUUCUUGCCUGGCAGGAUUUCUGACCAUUUUCCCACCACUCAUGCUGAUCCUCCACUUGGAUUUCUGUGCUUCCAAUGUCAUCGAUCACUUCUCUUGUGAUUACUUCCCCAUCUUACAACUCUCAUGCUCAGACACGUGGUUCUUAGAGAUGAUUGGCUUUUACUUUGCCUUUGUUACUCUGCUGUUCACACUGGCAUUGGUGAUUCUUUCCUAUAUAUGUAUCAUUCGCACCAUUCUGAAAAUCCCUUCUGCCAAUCAGAGGAAAAAGGCUUUCUCUACCUGUUCGUCUCACAUGAUUGUCAUCUCCAUCUCCUAUGGAAGCUGCAUAUUCAUGUAUGUCAAGCCUUCAGCAAAUCAAAGAGCUUCAUUGACCAAGGGAGUAGCCAUCCUUAAUACUUCAAUUGCUCCCAUGUUGAACCCUUUUAUUUAUACUUUGAGGAAUGAGCAGGUAAAACAAGCCUUCAGAAACUUGACUCAUAAACUAACGUUUUAUAGAAACAAAUGA